GCAACGUUGAGUAGAUAAACAUCGGAUGGGCGGCGCUGAUUUUGGUGCUGAUUCAUAGACUCAUGGAUGGAUGGCGCGAGAAUGGGCGGACCUUUUGUGAACCUAACGAAAUAUCCGCCGGGCGUUGUAGAAUUCGGCCAAAGCUGAGGCCAGUGGGAGCUAGACGCUGACUGUGCAGCAGGGUGAUUAGGUAAAGUCAGAUUCCUCCCUUUCGUAUCACGUGCUCAGCUUAUCUUAGUCUUGUAUAUACAUCACGUGCUUUGAUGCUACCCCCAGCGCCCGAGGAACUCCCGCCGUCUGUGGUCCGUGCACCCCAAUUGCGCCAGGGAGGUCCGUCGGAGAAUCUGCGGCACCGUCGGGAGUUGACAUCAUCCCAACUGCCAUCAUGAGUUUGACCUCGUUCAACACACCCUCAAAUUGAAUAAAAACGGCUAAAGUCAUGGCGGAGACUCUGCUGGGACUGGAGGUUGCCUUCUAUCUCUAUCCCUGCGGCCUCUUUGUCACUCUACUGGCGGCGCAGUCCUAUCAAUUCUACCGGGACCGCCAUGGCGUUACGCGUCAGACCGCGACAGACGAUGAGCAGAAGAAAGCUUCGCGACUAUACGCGCGGAUAAUCUGGGGCUUUCAGCUGAUAGUCUCUCUCUUACUCCUUGCCACCAUCAUCCUUGCCGUUCACGGCGCUAUUGCUGGCCAAUACGAUGGAGCUGGCAAAGUCGUGUUCCCGUUCAGUGCUUACUUGGCAUCAUACGUUGCCGUCUUAUUGUACUAUCUAGCUGGCCUACUUCCUGACCCUGAAGGCCCUUGGACGCCAACAUCGGCGCAUUUCUAUGCGUGGAUCGUAGGUGCGCUUUUUGAGGCCUUCAUCGCGGCCGUCUUUUCUUCUGAGAAGAACUCAUUCCGCGUCCACAAUGGUCUUCUCGAUAUCCUGGAUAUCGUGGCCGCUGUUCGAACCGUUGUGCUGGUAGCGAUGAUGGUCUGUCUCAUCCUGAGAGACCACAAGCUGAAGCCCCUGCAACCCAAGUCGGAGCCUGAAGAGAGACAGUCCCUUCUUGGGAACGGAAAUGGGAACGAAAACGGAGCGUCUCACAACUACGGCGGCGCCCACCCCCACGGACCUGCUGCUCACAAGCCUCCUGCCAGAACCCAGGUCUCGGGUACAGGAUGGCUUGACUACUUUGCUGGGUUCAGGGUUCUGUUCCCGUAUCUAUGGCCUAAAGACUCUCCGGUAUACCAAGGAAUUGUAGUCGUUUGCAUCAUACUCCUAGUCGGUCAGCGGACCAUCAACGUUUUGGCACCCAUUCAGCUCGGAACUCUUGUCGACUCGCUCGGCUAUGGCACCAUUCCUUACAAACAGAUUGUUCUCUAUGUCGUCUAUCGCGCUCUCCAAGGCAAUCAGGGUAUUCUCGGUGCCGCGAGAUCUGUCCUUUGGAUCCCGGUCUCUCAGUCGCUCUUCCGCAGACUCUCAUGCGCUGCGUUCGAACACGUGUUGGGACUUUCUCUGGAAUUCCAUCUGAACAAGAAGAUUGGAGAGGUGACCAGUGCACUGAGCCGCGGUUCUGCGAUGAACACUUUCCUGGAGAACUUCUGCUUCCAAGUGUUCCCCAUGGUGUUCGAUAUCUUUGUUGCUGGUGUUGUCUUCUUUGCCAAGUAUGACGCUUUCUACACCAUCAUCGUUUUCUUCAUCAUGUGGUCGUAUAUCUUCCUGACCAUCUAUGUGGCCAAAUAUCGCAGCAAGCAAAGAAGAGACAUGGCUACCAAGAAUCGUGAGAUGGAAGCUACCAAGACUGACGCCAUCAUGGCGUACGAGACUGUGCAGCACAAUUGCGCAGUUGCGCCCGAAACUGAGAGGUUCAAGGAACAUGUGAUGGUGUACCAACGCGCAGAACGGCUGGUGCAGUGGUCUCUCAACUUUCUUAACCUUACACAGAGCUCCAUUUUCUCCCUUGGUACUGCUUUGCUUGUUGCAGUCUCUGCCUACAAGAUUUCGCGGGGUGAGCAGAGCGUUGGCGAUUUCGUCAGCUUGAUCAACUACUUUGUGCAGUUGCAGGGUCCACUGAACUUCUUUGGAACUUACUACACCAUGCUACAAAACAAUCUCAUUGAGGCAGAGCGAAUGCUCGAGCUCUUCAAAGAAACGUCUGGCAUUGUGGAGAAGCCCGACGCCGUCACCCUACCCGCCGUCAAGGGAGAGGUCGCAUUCAACACCGUCAAAUUCUCUUACCAGAGCAAGAAGGGCGAGCCCGCGAUCAAUGGCGUCAGCUUCACUGUUGCCCCGGGCACCAAGACCGCCAUUGUUGGAGAGUCUGGCAGCGGCAAGUCAACCUGCCUGAAGCUUCUUUUCCGUUUCUACGAUAUCAAUGAAGGAUCAAUCACUGUCGACGGCCACGACUUGAAAGAUCUGAAGCUCGACAGCCUGCGGAAGAACAUUGGCGUUGUGCCUCAGGAUACUGUGCUUUUCAAUGCAACCAUCAUGUACAACCUGCUCUACGCCGACCGCAAUGCCUCUCAGGCCGACGUAUACGAGGCAUGCAAGGCUGCUAAUAUCCACGAUCGCAUUCUCGCAUUCCCCGAUGGAUACGAUACCAAGGUCGGAGAACGCGGACUCAAACUCUCCGGAGGCGAGCGACAGAGAAUUGCCAUCGCGAGAGCGAUUCUGAAGGACGCCCGCAUCUUGUUGCUUGACGAGGCCACGGCAUCUCUGGACUCACACACCGAGAGGCAGAUUCAAGACGCCCUGGAGCGUGUCACUGCGGGUCGUACAACGAUCACCAUCGCCCACCGGCUCUCCACCAUCACCACUUCCGAUCAGAUCGUGGUUCUCCACAAGGGAAAUGUCGUUGAGCGUGGCACGCACGCCGAGCUAUUGGCGCUCGGAGGCCGAUACCAUGCCAUGUGGGAGAAACAGACCACCACUGAGAAGAAGAAUAUUGAAAAGGUGGAGAAGGAAGGAGGGUCUUCGGAAACUGCAUCCCAGCAUUAAGGAAAGCCGAAAAAAGGAUUUCGUUUGUUCUAUGGCGACCGAAGUUACCGUGAGGCUGGUUAGUUAGAUAUGCGACUAGGUGUAUAGAUAGGUAGAUGUAACAACACGGGCCCAAUUUGGAGACUAAUCUAUGUUUACCGCUAUCUUUGACCAUGAAGUCGCUCGUGGAUCUUGGCGUCAUUCAUCAAAGACCCAGCAGUGUGGGUUACCGCGGGAAGCACUUACACGGCAAUGUCCACUUGACGGUUGUUGAUUGGCUCCUUCGCGAUUGCCCAAAAAGGGAACGAUGGUGCCGGCCCUAAUCGCACUCGGGCGACUCGGUUCAUGCCUUGAAGUCCACUUUAUA